UUCGUAACUCGUUGGAUCUUCACCACCUUCAUUCACACACUACACCUUGCUCUAGAAUUGGUCUCCGUCACCAUCAAGGCAUCUUGCAGUACCAUCCUCACAUCUUCGACUCCACAGCAUGGCCUUUCAGGAUGCGUGGGUAGUCGACAAGACCAUGUUUGAUUACGUGAGCCAGGGUGGCGGCUGCGCCUGCUGCGGCAUCACGAACGCCAUGAUGAACUGGGACAAAUUCCAGCAGUGUUCCGACUGGGGUACACACCGCCCCCUACCAAUCCUUUCGUCGCCGUCAGUUCAAUGGACCAGGCGAACGAUUACGUUUCUAUUAAUCCUGACCAUGGUUUUGCUAGACACGGACGACGAACAUCGCGAGCUGUUCUCACCUUGGCCGACCUUUAUUCACGAAGAUGUCCAGACCCAGCGAUGUAUCAUUCGAGCCUCGAUGAAGCAGCAACUGUCGUCGUACGCGUCAUUUCGAGCAACCCACGGCGACUCGUUCAAGUCGUGGCUGGCGGCGUUGCCGCUCUCUGCCAAGCAACGAGCAUUUCAAGUGCCCGAGAGCGAGGUACUUCAUUACGUGGCAGCCCACGAUUGCAACGUUCACGGCCCGUAUGGCAUCGUACUUAACGCAGUGACCGAUCAAAUCAAACAAUUCCACGCCACCAACUACCUAGACGGCCGACACCCUGCCGAAAUCUACUUGGAAAAGCACCUCCACUACGAAAAAGGCGCGUUCACAGUGUCCAGCACGUUCAUGGCAUCUGCUGAGCCUUUUCUGUCUUGUCUGUCGUACCUUGGGGGCCCCCGUCUCUUUCCCACGCCCCCCAACCCCCCCGACGAAGAAGGUAGAAGUACCUAGCUUCCUGCGGCAUAUUUUUUGUCCUCAAGUUGGGAUGAUUUCGCACGACGUCAACCGUAGACGGCGGCAACACGACCACCCCGUCGACUUUGGAACCUCCCGUUAAAGGGAGUACGAGUACAGUUGACCACGUCGUGCAGAGUUUUCGGUCGGAUCGGCGCCUGCUUCGCCUCGUGAUUGUGCGUAGCUUUGCCGACAUACUGCGUCGCAAGUACCUUCGUGAUGUUGUCCACAACCUCGACGAGAACCAGCAUCAGGCCAGCCUUGACAACACCAACGACGACGAUGCUGCUGACAACAACAACUUAGACGGGUGUUGAUAUAUAUAUAUACUUCACCCGCACAUGGCCACAAUCCUGUAUAUAUCAACGUACGAAUAUGCACUACUAAAGUUGCCCUUGAC